GCGGAAUUUUCGACGCCUCAUUGGGCGCGCGUGGGGUCGUCGAAUCAAUUUUAUCCAAUUUGGGCUCAGAACCCGGUAGCAGUCACAGUUCGUCGCUUGACGCGGUAAGAGAUCUUUCGUUUUUGCUUGCGGUGGUCCAGAACCGGAAUUCGGGUUCUGUUCUUUCUUUUUUUUUUUGGCUGAUUGAAUGUAAUUAUUUUCGAAAUGCGGUUGCUUCACGGAGCUGUACUUUUGGCGGUUUGGGCUUUUGCUGGGGUCCUGGCCGUUAAGCCAUCGCCCCAAAUUGACUUUACCGAAGUCGAAGAUUUGAAUGAUAAUCGUGGAUUUGUAAGUGUGUACAAAAAUUAUCCCAAAAUUCAAGUGACCGUUGAUACUUCCAAAUUGAAACGGGUGUCUCAGCCGGAAAGUGAAGACAGCAGUUCCGGAAGUUCCGGUAGUUCCGGGUCAGAAUCAGUGGAAAGGCCAUCGGUUGGUGUUAGAACUGAUAUCACGAUCGAAAUUUCCGAAGAAGCCAUCAAUGAAACAAACACAGUGGAUGGGCGGGUAGAUCUGGGGAAGAAAAAUAAUAACGGGAAUGGAUCGAAAAAGGGCAAGGGAAAAGCCAAUCAGGACGACGAGGAGGAAGAUAGUGAAGAUGGUGAUAAUGCAAGUGUGCCAGUUUUCAAAGGAAUGGCAGGUGUUCCGACGAAACCGACCAAACCUCCCAGGCCUUCGACAACUGGGAGACCGGAAAUCACUCUCAAUGGCGAUAAACCUAAGGAUGUUCCGCCGUUUAUCUACAAAACCGACGAACGUCGACAUGGAGGAGGCAAUUAUGACGGUUGGAAUCGGUUCCAUCCGAGUAUCGCCGGUUUCUGGACUACGGAGCGUCCAUACUAUCGGAGAAUCGAUUAUGAUCAUAAAGGCACCCCCAUCUAUGUUCCGUAUCACGUGAGCCAACAUCACCCAGACCCACCACCUCCUUCCGGUGGUGGAAGCAGCAAUGGAAACAGCGGAAUCAACUGGCAAAAAACUUGCUACUGUAACGUUUAUCCUUCAUCCGGUCACAGCUACCAUCACGGGUCACAACAAGAGCCAACUCCUCCAUCGGUACCGCACAAUCCGUGGGACCGGGCACCUUCUAAUCCCGUACUUCCAACACCAUAUUCAAAACGAAAAAAUGUUGACAACAAGGUGGACCUCCCAUAUAAACAGCACCACGAUUAGAUGCAACUUUUUAUUUCACGGGGAGGUUAUCAAUCAUUUUUCAAAAUUGUUGUUCCGGUUGCUUACCGUUUCAAUCGCAUAAAGUUCGAUUUUUUUUUAUCGAGCAGCAGUGUAAGUCAUAAUUUAUAAGAUUUUAAGAAUGUAGCAGUUGUAAGUGUUUUCUUUUCAAUUGCAUCUUCCAGAUGAUGUACAUAUCGUAAAAUAAAUUCAGUAUUUCAUAUUAUGAGCAGAUUCAACUUCACUCAAUGUCACGCCCUAUUACUUGAUUGGUUACAUCUGCGACUUAAAGGACAAUUGUUCGGAAUAAAAAAAUUGAAAUCAAUUUUUCUUUUAAACUCCUUCGACCCUCCAAGAAUGUAAAUUGAAACUUAUUCUCGCGAUAUUUAACUUAGUUUACUUAGUCUCGCAUAACAGAAAAAAAACAUCAACCAUUUCAAAACUAUUUACAGAAUCUUGUAACAACAUCCUAAAAAUUGGAACUAUACCCAAUCAGGAGCAUCUUUUAACAAAAUUGAAUUCAUAUUAUAGCAACUGUUUCAUCUCUAGCAUCCCACCUUCAAAUGACGCUUUUUACUACAACCCGUUUGCCUCAGUUAGACUCAUCUUGAACCGAGCUACAUUGAAGCUGAGUGUGUUUUUUAAAUAGAUUGAACCUCACUCAGUGAUGAUCCCUUCCAUUGAUAACGAUCAUCAUAAAGUCUCUCAGAAUGGCAGCAGAAAUACACAAAAAAAAACAAACGAAACAAAUCAUUCCGCAGCGAACACAAAGCAACUCGCCCGACCCAAUGGCGGUAUUCUCGAUCGAACUGUGGUCACUGACGGGUUUGAAAAAAAUUGCUGAUCCGACUGGAUUUUUGCAGUUUGCUUGAUACAACACACUUUAAGUUGUUUUGUUUACGAUACUUUUUGUUGGGACGAUGCAGAAUUUAUUUGGUUGUGCACUUUUGAUAGUGCUUAUUGUAGCUGUUCGAUCCGCUCCUCAAAUGAACUUCCAUCAGGAUAAGGGUGAUAUGAGUGAUCCAUUCGACUCGAUGGACACCCAUAUGAUAGGUUGUGAUCAUCCGCCUGCAAUCAUCGUCGAGAAGAACUCUCUCAGUCGACUUGUCACAAACUCAAGUCUAACGAAUACAUCAAAAUCUUCAACCGAAGAACAGCUGACAUGAGGAAUAGUGACUUUAAAUUUAUGCAUCGGGCAAUUUUUUAUACAUUUAUUUUUAAGUUUUGUUGAAUCGAUCCAGUUUUUUACCGUUUAAGAUCAUGCUUUACCAAAUAAACUGAAGCUAUUUUUCACGUUAACCGA